CUUCCUACUCUUGACACUUUAUUCACCUAGCAAAUUCAAUCAGAAACCCUCUUCAAAGAUGACAGCUCCAGAAAAGUCUUCGAACAAAUCUAAAGUCCUCAAAACCGAGCCACUGGACUACAAAGAUGCGAAAUGGGCAACCCUGCUGAAGAUUACCUACUCCGACCCUGAAGGCGUGGAGAGAACAUGGGAGUCUGGGGAGCGCUUGACACGACCAGCUGGCUCCGAUAUAGAUGGAGUCGGCGUUGUAGCUAUUCUACAGGACCCAUCGAAGCCUGAUGCGGACCCUCAGAUCCUGCUCCAGAAGCAAUGGCGGCCUCCUGUCGAUGCCACAGUCAUCGAGAUCCCCGCCGGGCUGAUAGACCCCAACGAGUCGGCGGAAACAUGUGCGAUACGUGAGCUGAAGGAGGAGACUGGAUACAUUGGCACUGUCAUGGAGGCCGGAUUUGGCGUCAGCCCCAUCAUGUUCAAUGACCCAGGGUUCUGCAAUACGAACCUCCGCAUGGUGCACAUCACCGUCGAUAUGUCGAACCCCGCAAACCAGAAUCCUCAACCCGAACUCGAAGACAACGAAUUCAUCGAGACGUUUGCUGUCCCGCUCAAGGACUUAUGGGCGCUUUGCAAGAAAUACGAAAGCGAAGGAUAUGCAAUUGAUGCACGCGUGGGCACAAUAGCAGAAGGAAUCGAGCUUGCCAAACGAUGGAAGUUCUGAAGAUUUCGUGAACUUUGAAUUAAGUCUUUGCUGGUUUGAAUCACUUACAGUUUGGCGAAUGGCGAAAUCUAAAGAUUACGAAAUGUUUCGAAGAGCUAGAUAGAAUUUAGAUGGACAACAAUUGAUUAGUUGUUGGGUUUGAUAUGUAACUGGUACGGGAACGGCAAGGAAGUUUCGCCCGACACAAGAUUGGUCGCAUGCACUCCAUGUUGUGCUCUAGUCAACAGCAUCGCAGCA